GAUUAUUUGAAUUGGGUUCCGAAACCGCUCUACCUAGGUAGGUCAGAAUAUCGUUCAAGAAUCUGUGAGCAGUUCUCUCCUUCCUCACUCGGACUCUGCCGCUUUAACGGGGUGAGCUGGGUGAGUCAAGUGAUCAGAUCACCCAGUCAAGGUGAUUCGCUCACCCAAACCCAAACCGAUCUAUACUCACUCCAUCUUCCCUGUAGACGCCAUAGUCUUUAUAACUGGUUUCUACAGGAACCUGCGCAAUUCUGUCAAAGAGCUCUUCAGAGAAUCCAUAUACAACCAGGUUGA